GAUCAGCACAUGUUUAUAUCUGCCUUGGCAGAUGGUGCUAUGAACUUACUAGUAUGGUCUUCAUCCCUCGAUCUCAAUGCAAAUACAUCAGCCCUAUAUAGUUGGAUGCCUGAGCUUCAUGCUUUUCUGAGAAUAUUUUAUAACACUUCCUUGGACAGACUGUAUGUGGAUGAGAAUGGGGAGAUGGCAGGCGACUUUGAUAUUGUGAAUUGGGUGAUUUCCCCCAAUAGAUCUAAAGGUCGAGUUACCAUUGGGAGCAUCACAGGACAGGCACCCCUUGAUGCAAAAUUCACCAUUCAUCCAGAAGCCGUUGUAUGGCCCCAGGAGUUUAACAAGACUCUGCCUCGUUCCAGGUGUGCUGAGAGCUGUGACCCUGGAUAUGCCAAAAUGAUGCAGGAAGGAAAACCAAUUUGCUGUUAUGCUUGUCGCCCAUGCUCAGCAGGGACAAUCUCCUCUCAGGAAGAUGCAGAACAUUGCCAGGUGUGUCCAGAAGACCAGUAUUCAAACAAGGACCGAGAUCAAUGUGUCCCCAAGUAAACAGACAGGCACAGCCAGGAGGGAACACGCAUAGCAUGUGGAGGACGCACGCAAGACAACAACACUCCGCAAGUGGAGCAGCAAGGCUUUGCAUGUUGUUGUUGCCCCCUCCUCGCCCACACAGCUUUGAAGAGUAACGGAUGAUGAUGGCAGAUAAGAAGAGAAUGGCAGCACUCACGUGUCUCUGGACAUUUCUUUUCCUGUCUGACUCUGUGGCAUGAGAUCGCCGCAUCUAUGUA